UCAGCCAAAUGCUUGAACUUAAUGUGAAGCAAAGUGGGAUAAGUAAGCGUGUCCUGAAUGUACUUUACAGGAAGACAAAAAGCGGUAAAAUCGUGAAACGAGUACAUGAACAGUACUUAAGAAAUGACAUUGGUUGUGGACUGGAUUUAUGUAGAAAUUGUCGGCCAGUUGAAGGUCACUCGCUCACUGAUUUGACUAUUCAGAUUUCAUCUACGGUACCUGUCAAACACGCAGUCAUUCUUGAUUCUUCAGCGAUAAUCCGUUUCCAUCAUUUGUUCGAUAAUUUAAGAUUCACAAAUAUCAUAAUAACACAAACUGUUUGGGAAGAUGUGAAAAAAUCAAAUCCGCCGUCUUACAAAUCAAUGUAUACAUUGUGCUACGAAAGUCCGGGCAGAAAAAUUUACGUAUUUAUGGAUGAUUUUCACCAUGAAACUCAUCUCAAUCGUGUCACGGGUGAAAGCGAAGAAGAUAGGUUAACGAGAUCACUUAUAACGUGUGCCAAAUUCUAUGAAAAUCACUGGGAACAAUUUGCUAUAAUCCCCAUUAUCGUAUGUGGUACUGCUGUAAGCAAAGAUCGGUUGAAGAAACAGUUUGAAAAUGUUUUCACUUUACAGGAAUACAUUGAAGGCAUGGAAGAUAAUGCUGAUUUGCUUGACAAAUUGGCUGUCUACAGUGCAGAAAGCGAAGGCCGAGGACGUAUUUUAUUCCCAGAAUAUUUGGCUCACGAUGUGAUACAGAAUGGGAUUCGAAGUGGAAAGUUUAAAAAAGCAACAUUUCAAGUGUCUCGUGAAAAUUAUACGGAAGCAUAUGUUCAUGUUGAUGAGGGGACUACAUGGUUUAUCCAGGGACGCAUCAAUAUGAAUCGCGCUGUGAAUGGUGAUACGGUUGCUGUGGAACUGUUGCCAGAAUCCGAGUGGACUUGCCCACAGAAAAUUAUUCGACUACGGGAUGUGGAAGAAAUUGAAAAGAAAGAUGCGGUUGACAAAGAAGAUGAUAAAGAUGAGGAACAAAUCGAACUGAAAAAGCCGCGAAUGGAGGAUAAAAUUCCGUCUGCUAGGGUAGUUGGAAUUGUUAAACGAAACUGGCGUCAGUAUUGUGGGAUGAUUUUGCAACCGGCUGUGAAAGAUUCAACACGCGUACUAUUUGCUGCAGCGGAACGACUUAUACCUCGUAUACGAAUUGAAACGCGUCAGGCUGAACAUCUGACAGGAAAGCGGAUAAUUGUUGCAAUUGAUAACUGGCCGAGAGAUUCACGCUAUCCAGUUGGACAUUAUGUAAGAAGUAUUGGCGUGGCAGGUGAUCGAGAGACGGAGAAUGAAGUGCUGUUGUUAGAGCAUGACGUACCACAUGGACCAUUUUCGGAUGCAGUUUACGCAUGCUUACCUAGGAUUCCUUGGCAGAUGCCUGAUGAAAAUCACCGGAAAGAUCUUCGUUCAUUGACGAUAUGUUCAGUUGAUCCCCCUGGUUGUACCGAUAUUGAUGAUGCUUUUCAUUGCAUUCAAAUUGCAUCAGAUCGCUACGAAAAUACGUAA